AUGAGCAAUUGUCCGGUGAUAUACCGAUCCUACGGCAGUACUCGCGGCACUGUCUGUCGCUGCCAUUGCGGAUACACUCGUGUCCCGGACUCAACCNCGAUCCUACGGCAGUACUCGCGGCACUGUCUGUCGCUGCCAUUGCGGAUACACUCGUGUCCCGGACUCAACCAAUACGGAAAACCAGUGCCACCGGUCGACCCCCAAAUACUGGGCGAUAUGAUCCAGUUCCGACAGGAGCUCAUGUACCCGUACAACCUGAGCGACUUCACGGAGAUUACAUCAGCCAAACCCAUACACGACCAGCCCUUGCCAUUCCGACUGCCAUUCUUUGGCUUCCAUUAUCACUAUAUUUGGAUCCAAAGGGACGGCUACCUGGCCUUCAAUAAGGGUUUACUGUCGUACAAGUUUCCCGUGAAGUUCCCGUACGAACCCAGGGAUAACUUCAUGGAGGAGGACCCCUCGAUGAUCGCCCCCUGGUUUGCACAGCAGGACAUACCUACGGAAGUGCCGCACGCGGGCGUCUACUUAAAGAUCGUAAACCUCGAGUCGAAGCUCAAUAUCACGUUAAGAGAUCGCAUAUACUAUGACUUCCGGGAGGGUAUGAUCGGUGCCUCCGAUUUCAAGCCCAAGUUUGCGCUGAUAAUCACGUGGCGGAACAUGACCAUGGUCAAUAGGCGACCUGAGAGGCCACUU